AUGUACCAGGAGGUGGCCUUCCUGGCAGGCAGCACUGAGCACCAGUUCACCACCUUCCAUUUUAACCCUGUGGAGAACCCACUAGAAGUCACUUCCACUAAGGGUGUGUUCUACAAGCGGGCCCAGCUCCUGCUACAGCCUCAGCCCCGCCAACAGGAUGGAGAUGACACAGCGGCCAUUAUUAAUGUGGGGGGCAUCAAGUACCGUAUCCCCUGGUCCACACUGGAUGAGUUCCCCUUGACGAGGCUGGGCAAGCUGCGCAGCUGCAGCAAUGAGGCCGAGAUCAUGGAUGUGUGUGACGACUACGACGGCAGCCGCAACGAGUAUUUCUUUGACCGAAGUCCGUCUGCUUUUCGCACCAUUGUCACUUUCCUGGCGGCAGGAAAACUGCGGCUGCUGAGGGAGAUGUGUGCCCUGUCCUUUCAGGAGGAACUGCUAUACUGGGGGGUGGAGGAGAACAACCUGGACUGGUGUUGCCUCAGGAAGCUGCGGCUCCGGCAGGAGGAGUACAAGGAGCUGCAGAGGCUUGAGGAAGAGGAAGCCGAGCUUACGUCGCCACAGUCCUGUGAGGAGAGCCAGCAGGUUCUUGGAACAGGGUCACAGGAAGAUAAUAAUACGGGGGGCUGCAUGCGGCGACUGAGGGACAUGGUGGAGAACCCCCAUUCUGGCCUGCCAGGGAAGAUCUUUGCCUGUCUGUCAGUGUUGUUUGUAGCCAUCACCGCUGUGACGUUGUGUAUCAGCACCAUGCCAGACCUCAGAGAGGAGGAGGAGAGGGGUGAGUGCUCCCAGAGGUGCUAUAACAUCUUCGUGUUGGAGACGGUGUGCGUCGCCUGGUUCUCCCUGGAGUUCCUGCUGCGCUUCAUUCAGACACAGAGCAAGUGUAUGUUCCUGCGGACGCCUCUCAAUGUUAUCGAUGUGGUGGCCAUCCUUCCCUACUACAUCACCCUCAUUGUGGACUCUCUGUCAGUAGGAGGGAAACCUGCAGGCUCAGGGAACAACUAUCUGGAGAAGGUGGGGCUAGUUCUCCGUGUCCUCCGGGCUCUACGGAUCUUUUAUGUGAUGAGGUUGGCCCGCCAUUCCUUAGGCUUGCAGACACUUGGUCUGACGGUGAGGCGGUGUACCCGUGAGUUUGGCCUGCUGCUGCUGUUCCUGUGUGUGGCCAUGGCCCUUUUCUCCCCACUAGUGUUCCUAGCUGAGAGUGAGAUGGGCGCCAAGCAAGAGUUUACGAGCAUCCCUGGGAGCUACUGGUGGGCAGUGAUCUCCAUGACCACGGUGGGCUAUGGGGACAUGGUGCCCAGAAGCAUUCCAGGCCAGGUGGUGGCACUCAGCAGCAUCCUGAGUGGCAUCCUCCUCAUGGCAUUCCCUGUCACAUCCAUCUUUCACACCUUCUCUCGCUCCUAUGUCGAGCUGAAGGAGGAGCAGAACCGGGCAAUGAGGCAGAAGGUGGACUCGCAGGACAGCACCAAGUCUCAGAAUAGUGAAGACUCUCAGGAGACGGACAGCUACCACGGCAUUGCAGAGGCUGCAGCUUCAUCCGUGCAACGAAGGAAGUCCAUGGCUGCUCAGAGGGCUGCAGAGAUUAGAGCGUCCAUGCAAACUUAG